UUUCUGAAAUUUGUGUAAAAUUGUGGCUCUAAUAUUUGUGUACACGAGGUCUUUUUACGCUCAAACCUCACGAUGGCUAAAAAAACGAAGAAGCGACAGAAAACAGGAGCACAGCCCGCGGCACAGCCAGCAGCGCAGCCAGCAGAACAGGCAGCCGAACUCCCUGCGGGACCGCCCAACCAGUAUGUUCUGGCGGAUGGCAACAUGCCGUUUCCUUGCCAAGCCGUUUAUCGCCGAAUCAUCAACGGGAGAGAAGUUGUGUUGGUACAGUGGCAGCCAACAGUCGUGGACAUUGCACAGUAUUAUGCAGAGAACGGAUGGUUGCCUCCUUUGUAUGAUGACACCCAACAUCAUAACUUACCAGGAACCUACGAUUUGAACGAGCACCACGCGCGAAUCACCAACGCUAUAAAUAUUGUGCGGUCUCAUCACAACCGCGAUUUCUACAAGUGCCCGUGGUGCACUGCAUAUGAUGCUGUUCCACGGAUGAAGGACACCGUGAAUAAGCAUAUGCACGGUCAGUCGACUGGAGAGUUACAGAACCAGCGUGAACCGGCUUGCCGAAACCGGCCUCGAGAUACUCCUUCCACAGGAAGUGACCGGAUCCAGCCUGUUUUUGUUCGUCACAGAGAGAUAUCUAUCGCCGAAAUAGCGGAUCAGCUUCGCAGAGGUUGUAACUAGCAAGCUUGUUCGGCAGAUUACAAUCAAAGCUUCAUGACGACACUCGUUCAAUUGAUUAAUAAAUGUCAACUUUUGCUCGUGCUGUUUGUGAACAUUUCCGAAGCCACGAAGUCCUAAGAAACUGAGAAUGGUUAAAAAACUAAUUUUCAAGAAAUCCCUACGAAUCAACACUGUUCCCUCUU